GAUGUUUAGUUUAAAAAAUGAAACUAGAACGGAGUUGUCAGAUGAUAGAUUAUAAACACGUUGAAAUGUGCACAACGACAGAACGGAAUGGAACGGAGCGGCCCAUCGAAUUUGGUUGACGCUGCCACUGGGCAUGUGGGGCACUCCUCUUCCGGUCUUCCCAGCGAACAACCCGUGCGCCACGGCGCGGCCUCGGGCCCCUCUUCAAUGCGCGCAGCGUGCCGUAUUGCGCCUUUCUCUCUCGCAUUUGGCGUUUGAAUCAUUCCAUUUUCCAGUCUGCACUCUCCAGUCUCCUCCACUUCUUCUCCCCGUCCCAUUUCUUAACUCCCCGAGCCCCCAAAAUCACGCACCCAGAGAGGGGAGAGGCGGAGUGACGGGGGAGAGGCGGAGGCCACGCCCCAAACCCAAACCCUAGCCACACGCGACGCCGAUGGGAUGCGCGCAGGGCAAGUGCUGCCUGCCGCGGCACCCGAGGAGGGGCUCCGCCGCCGUCGGCGGGCGCGGCGGCGCCACGCUUGGCCGCGCCGCGGUGCCCGGGGCCGGGCUGGUGCUGGAGUACGCCGCGUUGGCCGUGGCGGGGCUCUACCCAGACUCCCCGGCCAGGGAGUCCCAGGACACGCACCUCGUCGCCACGCGCUUCGCGGGGGAUCCUGACCUCCACCUCUUCGCCGUCUUCGACGGCCACGGCGCUGCCGGAGCCUCCUGCGCCGGGUUCGCGCGGGACGCGCUCCCGCGCCUCCUCCUCGCCUCGCUCGCCGCGGGCCCAGCCGCCGCGUUCCGGGACGCCAUGCUGGCCGCCAACGCCGAGAUGCAUGCGGCGCCCGGCGUCGACGACUCCAUGAGCGGGACCACCGCCGUGGCCGCCCUCGUCGCCGGCGGCGCGCUCCACGUUGCCAACGUCGGCGACUCGCGCGCCGUCGCCGGUGUCUGGCGCGCCGGCCGGCUCGUCGCCGAGGACCUCUCCUGGGACCAGACCCCGUUCCGCGCCGACGAGCGCGCGCGCGUCAAAGCCUGUGGCGCCCGCGUCAUGUCCGUCGAGCAGGUGGAGGGCAUGCGCGAUCCCGAGGACGUGGGCUGGACGCCCAACGAGGGGGACCCGCCACGCGUCUGGGCGCGCGACGCACUCUACCCAGGCACCGCCUUCACCCGCAGCCUCGGGGACCUCGCCGCCGAGGCCGUCGGGGUCAUCGCCGAGCCGGAGGUGAAGAGCGUCGAGAUCACUCCAUCGCACCUCUUCUUCGUUGUCGCCAGCGAUGGCGUGUUCGAGUUCCUCUCCAGCCAGGAAGUUGUUGACAGGGUUGCCAUGUAUCAAGAUCCUCGGGAUGCCUGCUCAGCAAUCGCUGCUGAGUCAUACAAACUAUGGCUUGAGCAUGAAAACAGGACAGAUGAUAUAACAAUAAUCAUUGUGCAUAUUCGAGACAUGGAAAAUGCAGUCAGGUCCUGCAGGGAGUGACAAAGCGGACUAUGGUAGCAUCGGAGCAUCAAUAGCUGGGCAGACAAUACAGUCAGAGAUACCUGUAUUUGUACAACCAGAAGCAAGUAACAUGAACAGAUCUGCUGCUACCGGAAUGCGAUCACCGUCUUUUGGCUCUCCAACUGAACGGAGCCUCUCAUGUGUUGCUCCUUCUCCUACGGAUCCUUUGUUGAUACAUGGCAGAGUAUCAGAUGCUUCCAAGCCUGGGCAAAGUGAGCAGCGAGCUGCAUCACAACCACCGGUACAAACUUGGCAUCAAAUAGACGGGGUUACUACUGAGCUGGAGCGGUCUAUGCAGCAAAGCAUCCUUCCAACCUCCUGCUGAAAGUAGAGAAUGCGAGUUGAAUGACAAAAAGAGGCCUCGAGAUAACCCACCGCCAUCUUGGAGCUACUAACCGUACCAUGGAUGCGAUGUUUGCCAGCAGCAAAUCUCGUGCUGUUGCUCGUGUUUUGGUAGAGCACCUGCUGCUGCCGACGAUGCGAGGUUCCUGAUCCUGUGUGGGAUCAUCUAACCAUGGGCUGAGUGGAAUUGAGUUAUUCUCCGUUUCAUUUGUACUUUGUUUACUUUUCACAAGAUAUAGAUUAAUUCUAAGUUGAUGCCUGUCGAGGUAUCAGUAUCAUUUGAGACGCAACUGUGCAUUGUCGUCCUUCCACAGAAUUAGGAUCUGGAAUUGAAAUGCGAGUGCCGUACAGAACAGAUCAGCUGGGUGGCUUUUCAGAUGCAAAGAAGAAUAUUGGAUUUAGCCUGUAAGCUGACCUGAGAGCUCUGUCAACCCUUUAAAAGUGUGCUACGCAUAUACGAUACCGUCAGCGAGCUCUGCCAAGAAACAAAGGGGCCUGUUUGGUUCAGCUUUUUUCUAACCAGUUUUUCUGAAAAUCUGGUUGUGGGGAGAAUCUGGCUGUGGGGAGAAUCUGAGUAUCAUUACUAUUACGUGUGAAGUAAGAUAAAUUUGUUUAUAGUGCUCAUGAUCUAGAAAGUGACGAAUUCCUACUAUUACAACGACUCUACCGAUUAUGUGUUUA